AUUCCCGCAGCGUCAACUAUCCCCGGUUCCGACUGCCACCGGCUUCCUGGGAUGCCCUUGUUCCGGCACUGAAACGGCUUGUCUCUGUCUGGUCUGGUUUUGGUCCGUCAAAGAGGUCCAAGCUGUGUGUGACUGCAGCACCCCCUUUCCAUCUUGGCCGGGGGGCGGAAUCCACCCUCAUCAGUCCACCACGGCGCGUACACAUUCUGGCCUCCUCUGCAACAUUUCCAUCCGCCCAAGACGUCACGACGUCAACUUACACAUCUCUCCCACGGCAUUUAUUAACCGACAUCGAAAUAGUGGAGCUGACGGCAUUCCUUGGUCCAUCGAACCCCAGUGAGGACGCCCCAGCUGCUCGGUUUGGGUUUGCGAUCACAUUUGCCUAAAUUCACCCGGUCCACAACCACCACCACCGUGUCAGAGGCAGAGCGGCCGACGCUGUGCCGCGCCCAAUGGUCGGCCUCUACGACGACCCGUUCGCCUACGACGGCCCCGACUACACAGGCUAUCUGGGCCAGGACCAGUUCGCCUCGGGGUCGUCCCCGGAGGACUUCCACGUCCACUCCGCCACGGAACCGCACUUUCCCUCAGCCGUCCAUGGGCUCAAGGGACAACCACAUCACCAUCAACCAUAUCAACUCUCACCAACAGAUCCCCUCGGCCCAAACUUCGACAAUGGCCUCCCACCCGCCCAUCUCCCCCGAUCGGCACCUACCAGCUAUCCUAUCCCACCCGGCGGCGACGGCACAACUGGCGGCGGCUUAACCCUCGACACCAUGGGCCUAUCCUGGAACACCGCCAACAACAGCAGCAACAACAACAACAACAACAACAACAACAACAACCACAACAACCCAUCCCAAUCUCAACCCCAAUCCCAACCCCAACCUCCCGACACCAACCCUAACAACCCCUCCGACACCCAACUGCACACCCUCCUCGCCACGCUGCAAGCCGAGCUGCACCAGACGGCGCGCGAGCGCGACGAGGCGCGCAUGGGCCUGAGCACGGCGCGCAACGAGCUGUACGCGGCGCGGCAGGUGGAGCGGCGGCUGCGCGUGGAGCGGGACGAGGCGCGCUCGCAGGCCGACUUCUUCGGCGCCGAGCGGCCCAAGCUCAAGCAGGCCGAGGCGCGGCUGCGGCGGGAGCGGAACGAGGCGCGGAUGGCGCUGCUUGCGCUGAAGGGGAAGGGUGGUGGUGGGACUGGGGCUGGGAAGGGGGUGAAGAAGGGGGGGGUGGGUUGUGGGGGUGGUGGAGGUGGUGGUGGUGGUGGUGGUGGUGCUGGUGGUGUGGGUGUGGGUGUGGGUGUGGGUGGGUUGGUGGCGGGGAUGGAGAGUCAGGGGGAGGAGUCGGGGGAGUCGCCGCCGAUGGGCAUGGAGCAGGGUUAAAAAGGGAGGGGGGGUUGAUACCAAUUUGGGUGGUGUGAUACCAGGCAGAUAGGAGUAGGGAGGGAGUUCAAGUUAUCAGGUUGGCUUUUGGGGGUUUGGCUUGGUGUACUCCGUGGCUUAAGCUGGGUUUAUGUAU